GGAGUCGCUCCUUCCGGGGCGGGCCGGAGGCGGCCGCUGCCGGGUGGAGCCUGGCGCCCGGCUUAGCCACGACGCCGGGUCUCCCAGCGUGCCUCUCGGCGGCAGGUCAUGGCGCCCAGGCUGCGGCCGCUCCUGCUGCUCGCGCUCUGGACGCUGGCGGCUCCGGCCAGGCUAGGCGGCGGGGAGGCGGGCGACGGAGGAUGGCAGCGACGCGGGCCAGGGACGCCGAGCGCCGCGGUGGCCGAGGAGCGCUGCACGGUGGAGCGCCGGGCGGACCUCACCUACGCCGAGUUCGUGCAGCACUACGCCUUCUCCAGGCCUGUCAUCUUGCAGGGGCUCACGGACAACUCGAGGUUCCGGACCCUGUGCUCCCGCGAAAGGCUCCUGGCCUCGUUUGGGAACAGCGUGGUCCGGCUGAGCACUGCCAACACCUACUCCUACCAGAAAGUGGACCUGCCCUUUCAGGAUUACGUGGAGCAGCUGCUGCACCCCCAGGACCCCACCUCUCUGGGCAACGACACCUUGUACUUUUUUGGGGACAACAACUUCACUGAAUGGGCAUCACUUUUGCGGCACUACUCCCCACCCCCAUUUGGCCUGCUGGGGGCCUCUCCUGCUUACAGCUUUGGAAUUGCAGGAGCUGGCUCUGGGGUGCCCUUCCACUGGCACGGGCCUGGGUUCUCAGAAGUGAUCUACGGCCGCAAGCGUUGGUUCCUGUACCCCCCUGAGGAGACGCCUGAGUUCCACCCCAACAAGACCACUCUGGCCUGGCUCCAGGACACGUAUCCAGCCCUGGCACUAUCUGAACGGCCCCUGGAGUGCACCAUCCAGGCUGGUGCUGUAUUUCCCUGACCGAUGGUGGCAUGCCACACUCAACCUCGACACCAGUGUCUUCAUCUCCACCUUCCUCAGCUAGCCAGAGUGGAUGGCUGGUGAGCCCAUCGCACGCCAGCACAUACCCCUAUAGCGCUCACACGUUUUAUUACAGGGACAGUGGUGGCAGCGGCCGCAUCAGCCCUGACCACCCUCACCUGCUGUUUCCAGCCCAGAAGGGGGACAGAGAGCAGAAC